AUGUCGUUUAAUAUCUGGCUUUCUGGAGAUAGUGUAGAGAAUGGUCUCUAUAAAAUUGCUAAACAUAUCAGGCUUGUCAAUCCGGACAUUGUGGCAAUUCAAGUGAGUUAUAGGCUUUUUAAAACUUUUUUUUUAUAUUUUUUUACCUUGUCCUUUUCCAACCACUUUAGACCAGAAACUAGUAUUUAAAAGAAUGUAAUGUCAUUCUUUAUAGGAGCUCAAAACUGGAGAAGUAUUAUCCAAACUCUUGACAGAACUAGGUCCAAACUACAAAGGUGUCUAUCAUAACACUUCUGAUUACUCCGACACUGCCAUAAUCACAAAGCAUAAAAUCAACUAUGACAGUACUUUUUUGAUACCAGCUGGAGUAGGUACAGAAGUCAUUUUGAACACAGGAACGGCCGUGCGAAUUGUUGGGCUACAUUUGGCUUACAAAAGUUAUGGACCUUAUGCUGCCUAUAACAAGCUGGUUACCAAUAUCAAACAAAUCAUGGCUGGCGAGACAAAGCCGGAUAGUUGGAGUAAGUAUUAUAUUAUAGUACACAUAGCUUUCGGCUAGCUUGGCUUGAAAUAGUCAGUAAGCUAUUAAUAAAGGUCCGAGUCGUGGUUUGAGCUCUGGUCUUUACAGUCACAUUUGUCAACUUAGUCUUUAUCAAAUUUGUUUCGGUUCGGCUUAGUGAACUUCUUUUUAGAUCUAAUACGGCAUAACGAAAUAAGGUACUGAAACUAUAAAAAAUCUUUUAAAAAAAAAGGUGCCUUCCCCUUAAAAAAAUGGUAUUUGGUACCAGCAUGCUAAAAGUUGAGUUUUAAGAAUGUUAGUAUCAAACAGCAAAAACAACAGCUAAAAAAUUUUAUGCUGAAAUUUUUUAAAUUUUAAAGAUUUUUUCAUGGUUUUGGAACUUUUUUCUUGGCUACCGCUCUAGGCAAAACCAGAAUUCACGUUUACAAAAAUAAGAGAAAAGCCAAAACUUGAACUUUCAAAUUUCAAAAACUGGUUUAUUUUUUUUACUGUAACCUUUUUUUUAAAUAUACUUUGGUAUUGUAAACAUAACACUGCGAUAUGCUAUUUUACGUUGCAAUCUCUCAACUGUAAUAUAUAUUUUUUUAAUUUUCGAAAUUUUCAGGCAGAGCCAGGAAUAUUAAAGAUUUAAUUGCCCACCCUUCUUUUCAAAAGUUCUCUUCUGAUUCAGAUAAAGUGCCAUUUUUAGUCUGUGGUGACUUUAAUUCACCUUCUCAUUUGGAUUGGAUCAAGGAAACUGAGUAAUUAUUUAUUGUUUAAAUUUAUCAAAAAAUAUUUUAAAAUUUUGUUUUGUUAUGAACCGUAUUUUACAUCCUUUUGAAAUUUUAAAAUGGUUAAAUUAAAAAAGUUAUUAUUUCUGUUGAUAAUGAUUAAAAUUAUAUUCUUAAAAAGUUUAAAAUGAAGAUUUGAUAACAAUGUAAUUCAACAUCAGUUACUUCAACAGUAAAACGUCUGAUAAGCCUAUUCACAAAUCGAUGAUAAGCCUUUGCUUACAGAUCAAUUCACGGAUGGACAGUAGAAUGGCCGGCCACAAAGUUGUUGUUGGAUCAGGGCUUCAAAGACUCAUUUAGGGUUGUCUAUCCUAAUGUCACUGAACAUCCGGGUAUGGUAAUUGAAAAAAAAUUUAAACGUAGUUUAGAAGGCUUUUAUUAUAAUUAUCACUAAAUAGCUAUCAAUUGUUUGUUAAUUUACUUUUGCAAAACAAAGCAGAGCAUAUACAAUAAAAAAAUUUUUUUAGGUAUAACUUGGUCAACAGUGAACAAGGCUCCAGAAGAAUGGGAUUAUACAAUCCCAGAGCCUCAGGAUCGAAUUGACUUUAUAAAUUACAAAGGUAGCCUAAUUCAACCAAUUGAUUCCUUUACUUACUCUGGUAAUGAGCCGGUACUGCCCAUACCCCAUCACAAAAACAACGAUUAUCCUUCAGAUCACUUUGCUUUAGUCACUGAUUUUGAGUUUGUUUAG